GGGCGGGGCGGGGCUCUAUGGCGCGGCCCGGCCUUGGCGCGUAGGCCGACGGGGGGCACGGGAGCGGCGCGCGUCCCCGGCGCUCAGCGCGGCGCUGGCGUUCAGGCCCAAUCCGCAGCGCGGCCCCGUUGAAUGGCUGCGGGUCGACCCCAGUGCGCAGAGCCGAGUGCGCAGCGCGGCACCAAUGCGCGGCUCCGGCGCUCGCCACGGUCCCGGUGUGUGGCCUCAGUGCGUGGCACGGCCUUGCUGUGCAGCCCCGCUGUGUGGUGCGUGGCUCCUGGUGCAUGCCCCGGUGCACAGCACAGCACAGUGUGCAGCUGCAGUACUGACCCCAAGCCCAGCGCACAGAGCAGCUUACACAGAGCAGCCUUGGUGCGUGGCCCCAGUGCAAGGCACGGCCGCAGUGCAUGGACCCAGUGCACAGCACAACCCCGUGCAUGGCUCCUGCAGAUAGAACUGCUCCUUUGCACGGCUCCGGUGCACGGUGUGACCCUGAUGCGUGGCUCCAAUACAUGGUGUAACCCUGGUGCACAGCACAAUGCGCAGUGCAGCACAGCGCACAGCCCCAGCCUGAUGCACCAACCCAGCCCAGCUCUGACCCACGGCGGCACCGCAGCCCCACACAGCUCAGAGCACGGUGCCACCCACACCCCAGCAGCUCUGCCCAAACCCCCACUCCCCCCAACCACCCCCCUGCACCCAGCACCGCCCCCUGAUACCCUUUCACCCCAGAGGGGCCCCAGCGCGAUGUGCACACUCAGCUCUUUCCCAGCCCCGGCUAUUUAAAGCCGGACAGCACCGUGAGCCCUCUCCUCCCCCUGCACCGUGAGCCCUUGGACUUUCUCCCGCAGCCAUGAGCGCCCGCUCAGCCACAGCUCCCAUAUUCACCGAGGGUGAAGACUGCAAGGCUGCAUGGCGGGAGGCCACGGCCGCCUACGAUGCCCCCGACACCCACCUGGAGAUCCUGGGGAAGCCGGUGAUGGAACGCUGGGAGACCCCCUACAUGCACUCGCUAGCAACUGUGGCUGCCUCCAGGGGUGGCCGCGUGCUGGAGGUGGGCUUCGGCAUGGCCAUCGCCGCCACCAAGGUGCAGGAGUUUGACAUCGAGGAGCACUGGAUCGUGGAAUGCAACGACGGCGUGUUCCAGCGGCUGGAGGAGUGGGCACGGGCGCAGCCACACAAGGUGGUGCCGCUGAAGGGGCUGUGGGAGGAUGUGGUGCCUACGCUGCCGGACGGGCACUUCUCUGGAAUCCUGUACGACACGUACCCGCUGUCAGCGCAGACCUGGCACACGCACCAGUUUGCCUUCAUCAAGGACCAUGCCUUCCGCCUGCUGCGGCCCGGGGGGGUCCUCACCUACUGCAACCUCACCUCGUGGGGGGAGCUGCUGAAGAGCAAGUACAGUGACAUCGAGAAGAUGUUCGAGGAGACACAGGUGGCACAGCUGCUGGAGGCCGGCUUCAGGAGGGAGAACAUCAGCACGGCCGUGAUGGAGCUGGUGCCCCCCCGGGAGUGCCGCUACUACUCCUUCCAUAGGAUGAUCACCCCCCGCGUGGUGAAGCACUGAGCGCAGCGAGCUCUGCUCUAAGGGAUCCCUCCGGCUGCAAACCCGAAGGGGCUCCCGCCGUCAUUCACUCUAAGAGCACAAUUGUUUGUUAAACCAGGGCUCCAUUUCCAUGCACAAGCCAAACAAGCCACGCCAGGCAGGAGGAAUGGGGGAGAUGGGGCAGUUUGAGGCACGUUUGUUAGAACUGGAUUUCCCACGCGUUUCCAGCGAAAGUUGCCUCAGAUUUUUGGCUAAUGUCCAUUUAAAUAAGCUCUGAUUCUUAUGACCCUCGUACAGUUCAAUAGUGCAUAAAGGACGUUCCCCCUCUCUCUACCCAGAAGGGCCGAAACCCAUUAAAACAGGAUGAAGUGCACAACA